CUAAACAGGGGGCGGGGCGAAGAGACUCUCGCCGGAGCGCGUGCGAAGCGUUGCGCCGGGAAAGCGUGCUGCCGUCGUCGUCGUCACGUCGGCGUGGGGUGAAAGGUCGAGCUGAGGCGGGGGCGGCGUUGUGCGCAGGCGCGCGCGGGAGCUCGGAGCGGCCUGAGGCCCAUGUGGAGCAGCGGCGGCGGCCAGAGCAGGAGCAGCAGCUGAACCGCCGCUGCUGGACCCCGCGGCCCCCGGCAGCAGCAGCUAUGAAGGGUAGCCGGAUCGAGCUGGGUGAUGUGACGCCACACAACAUUAAGCAGCUGAAGCGGUUAAACCAAGUCAUUUUCCCCGUCAGCUACAAUGACAAGUUCUACAAGGAUGUGUUGGAGGUUGGCGAGCUCGCCAAACUGGCCUAUUUCAAUGAUAUUGCAGUGGGUGCAGUGUGCUGUAGAGUAGAUCAUUCUCAGAAUCAGAAAAGACUGUACAUCAUGACGCUUGGAUGUCUGGCCCCUUACCGAAGGUUGGGGAUAGGAACUAAAAUGUUGAAUCAUGUGUUAAACAUCUGUGAAAAAGAUGGCACUUUCGACAAUAUCUAUCUACAUGUCCAGAUUAGCAAUGAAUCUGCUAUUGACUUCUACAGAAAGUUUGGAUUUGAGAUCAUUGAGACGAAGAAGAACUACUACAAGAGGAUAGAGCCAGCGGAUGCUCACGUGCUGCAAAAAAACCUCAAAGUCCCUUGUCUCGGCCAGAACACAGAUGUGCAAAAGUCUGACAACUGAACAAAACCCAAGGAACGCUUUCUUGCACUUUCUUGUCACCAAAUAGGGAAAGAGAGGUCUGGUCCCCCCCCCCUCCCCACUCCUAAUGUGUGUUGUAUCCUCUCCAACAAAUUAAUAACUUCCCAAGGACUGUCAAAUUGUGUGUUUGGGUUCUAUAGCUCUACUUCUUUGCAAUUUUGGGAUGGAAGUAGUAUGCGGUUCUAGCUGGGGUGGGGCCUUCCUUCGGUCUUCCAAAGGUCAGCUUUUCCUCGGUAUGUGUGUGAGCCUCCUUCAUUCCCAUUGAAGGGCAGAGUUUAAGCAAUACCUUGCAUCCAGGCUCCUAAUACCAUCCCACUUUUUUAUUUUUUUGUAAUGGAGUCUAUCGGUCUCUAGUUUUGAACUUGGUUUGGCGGUUUUGGCCUUGUUUACUAUUUGAACAUGCAUCAGUUUGGAAGCUAAUUCAGAGCAUUUGAGCUGCCAUUUCUUCAUUGUGUUUUGAGACAAAGUGGCCGGCGAGAAGAUUCGGCUUUCUGAGCAGUCGUCAAGUGACCAGCUGAUGCUGUGUUUUCUUGGCUGAUGUAGGUGAGGAUUCAGAGUGGACUGUCCCAUCUUCCACUCUUCUCUCAUUCGUUAUAGGUAUUGCACUAACAAUAGAACGACCCUUGGCUCUGGCAACGGUGGAGGAGCCAAACAUUAAAGAUUGCUAAAGAAGAUCAGUCUGUGACUCUUACUUUUAAAGAACGAACGAACGAAAGAAAGAAAGAAAGAGAAGGAAGGAAGGAAGCUUUGCCUUUGAAUGGCUCUGCUGGUUUGAACUCUGUUUGCUUGCUGAGAUUUUAUGCUCCCUAAGAUAGAAGGUGAUUGAAACUGCUUCUCCCACCCCCACCCCCAUUACGCUUCUGAAGAUUUGGCACUCGUCUUAGAAGAAUAUUAAAAGGGGAUGCAAUGGAACACCAGAUGGAAGUGGCUUAUUGGGGAGCAUUGUGAGGAUUCAGAAAAUGACUGGUUUUCUCCUGAUAUUGUAAUGUAAGAACUGUAGCCUACUUUACCAAGCUCUCGCUUUGUAUUUUGUUACGCUUUUGUUUGCAAUUUCAUUUUGAGCUUCUAGCAAUUCAGUACAGCAAUGGCAGCUCAACAUUACAUCUCUCCUCUCCAUCUGGGGAAACGUACCAGGGAGGGGAGGGAACCUGCCCUAUCACCUAAAUCAAUAUUAAACUGCAUUUCUUUCCUGAUUUUGAACUUUCAACUGUAUCUUGCGCUUUUCUGCUUUGAAAAAUCUUUAUUGAGGGUGGGUGGGUGGGGGUUACAAUGUAACCUUGCUAGCAGAUGUUGUAAUUUCACUGUGAUGCUGAAUUGAGAAACAAGGGGACAUGAAGACCAGGAAAGUUCAGGCAAUUUGCAAUAUUGCGCAACCUUUAAUUGCAGAGAAGUCAGGAAACACUAUUCCUUAUCAGGCUAGCAGAAUAUCCUGACACCUAUUUGGUCCAUUAGACAUUUUGCCCAACUGCAUGCUUAUUCUUUCGAUCAGAAAAAAACAGCAAGUUCACCCUUUCCGAAUCCUUGUACAGGAGAUGUUCUUGUACUGCUUCUCUGGCCAUAGUUUGCUAUGUUUUAUAUUGUAUUUCCUGAGGAUUUGUUUUCCUUCUGCAAAGAUGUUGAAGCACAUCUAAAUCUCAAGUGCCAACACUGUUUUCCCUGAUCAGUUGUAGAUAAGGCAAAGAAGUUCAAAGGGGAAGGUACUGCAUUAAAGAAUGUAUAUACAGCCCAAGUCAACAUCUGCUCAUAACUAUCUUCUGGUGCUAAGGAAAGUGUGUCCCCCCCUUUUUUUUUUGGAACCGAAUGGUAGAUACGUGGAAUUGGGGGUUGGGAAGUCAAUGGCUUCUCUUGAUCUACAAAUCACUUAAAGGUAGUUUUCCGCUUAGACUUUAAAAACAAAACAAAACCCAUUUAUAUAUUUUUUAAUCAACUGUCAUUCUGUGAAUGUAUUUCUCAACGUUUCUUGGGGUUUCCAUUGUGCAGUCAACCUUCCUUAGUAACUAUGUUCUACAGGAGGUAGGAGGAAAAGAAAUUGGAAAUCAAAGCUCCACUUUUCAUGACUAUCAGUCCUGCCAGUGAUUCCUUGCUUAAAAAGAACACAGGUUUUAAUCCCUAGCCCCUGGAGCUGCAUCCCCUCUGCUUGAGUGUGGCAAAGAGCAGCAGUUCGGAUGGUUCCUUUCUUUGAGUGCUGCAAAAGUUUGCCAAUUUGGAGGAAAUGUCUUGUCUUUUGAAAUAGUCAAGCAGGGGGUUGUCUAAAAUGGGUGUUUUUUAAUGCUUCAUGUGACUCUACUUUCCAUUCUCUUGCAAAUCAGCUCAUGUACAACUGCAGUAAUUAGUUGGGAGGUUCAGUUAAAUUGCCACCAUCAGUGCUUCUCUUGUAGAAGUUUACAAGGAGAAUGCGCAUAGCAUACUUUACAUAUCCUAUAGCAGGGUAAAUGUAAAGGGGCUCGGCACAGUGCUUUUCUCAUCAUAUAACUAUGAAACUGCUGGACUUCAUAAAUAUUUUCUUUUUCAGUAUUAGGCAACUGAUAUAUGCAACAAGAAUGGGAAAAAAGCACCCAGGACAGACACCCUUUACUUGGCAUGGGAGGGGGAAUAUUUUUGUAUACAUAAAAGUGGCUGGGAUUACUUGAUUCAGUUAAUGAUUGAAUAUGUCCAUUAAAGAUGACAUACUGUUACAGCUGAAAUAAAUUCUAGUUCUGUUUUCAUUAACAUUUAA